CUUGGGCAAGCUCUUUUAUGAGGAGGAGGUGGGGGUGCUAAGAGGACGUUUCAGAUGGUCCGCAAGCCCCAAUGGUCUUUUUAGGCUGCCUCCUGAUCUUCACACUGACCGAAGCACUGGUAUUCGCUGUCCAGGACCCGUCUCCCAGGGAAUCUCUUCAGGUCCUCCCUUCAGGCACCACCCCAGGCACCAUGGUGACAGUACCCCUCGGCUCUACCAGACACACACCCGUGGCUGCUGCCCCCGUCUCUGUGGUGACACUGACCCCCCAUCUCGAUGGGCCCUCCGCACGCACCGAAGCCCCCACAGCAACGACGACAUCCCAUCCAGAUGGACGGCCUCCUACCAACACCGUCUCCACCGUGAUGGCAACAGCAUCCACACCCUAUGCUGAGGGCUCCCUGACCACAGGGCCCCUUCCUGUUGCCAUGACAACCACGUCCUCUCACUCAGAGGGCCGCCCCCUGGGGGAGGCCGGGCCCACGGUCCUGCUGACAAAGCCAACUGGAGCCCCCAGCCGCCCCACCGCAGCACCCACCCGGGCUACCACGCGCAGACCCCCCAGGCCCCCAGGCUCUUCCCGAAAGGGGGCCAGCAGUUCAUCACGUCUUAUCCUGCCUGCAUUCAGUGGCCACUCUAGUAGGAAGGAAGGCCAGCGAGGAAGAAAUCAGAGCUCCACCCACUUGGGGCAGAAGCGGCCCCUGGGGAAAAUAUUUCAGAUCUACAAAGGCAACUUCACAGGAUCUGUGGCGCCGGAGCCCUCCACCCUCACCCCUAGAAACCCACUCUGGGGUGACUCCGCCUCACUGCAGACCCAGACAGUAGCCACAACCACGGCACCAAGCAGGACCUCAUGGGCACCGCUCACCACCCCCCUGGUGCCCGCAGAGGACAAGCCAGGCCUUAGCAGAGCAGACCAGGGGGGUGGUCCUGCCUUCACCAGCCAAGGAGGGGAGCCGGAUGCCACAGCAGCCUCAGGCACCCCUGCCAGUCCACAACCUGCCCCAGUGCCUUCUCAGCGCCCCCGUGGGGACCCCCAGGACAGCCCCAGCCACAGUGACUCCUGGCUCACUGUCACCCCUGGAACCAACAGACCUCUGUCUGCCGGCUCGGGGGUCUUCACGGCCGCCACAGGGCCCACCCAGGCUGCCUUCAGUGCCAGUGUCUCAGCCCCUUCCGAGGGGAGUCCUCAGGGAACAUCCUCAACCCCACAGGCCCCGGCCCACGCCCCCGGGGCCUCAGAAAGCACUGUUUCCGGAGCCGAGGAGGAGGCUGUGGCCACCCCCAUCGUGACCAACAGGGUGCCUAGUCCUCUCUCCACAGUGGUGUCCACGGCCACAGGAAACUUCCUCAACCGCCUGGUCCCUGCCGGGACCUGGAAGCCUGGGACAGCAGGGAACAUCUCCCAUGUGGCCGAAGGGGACAAACCCCAGCACAGAGCCACCAUCUGCCUGAGCAAGAUGGACAUUGCCUGGGUGAUCCUGGCCAUCAGCGUGCCCAUCUCCUCGUGCUCUGUCUUGCUGACCGUGUGCUGCCUGAGGAGGAAGAAGAAGACAGCCAACCCAGAGAACAACCUGAGCUACUGGAACAACGCCAUCACCAUGGACUACUUCAACAAGCAUGCUGUGGAGUUGCCCAGGGAGAUCCAGUCUCUUGAAACCUCUGAGGACCAGCUCUCAGAGCCCCGCUCCCCAGCCAAUGGUGACUACAGAGACACUGGGAUGGUCCUCGUUAACCCCUUCUGCCAAGAAACACUAUUUGUGGGAACCGAUCAGGUAUCAGAGAUCUAAGCGCAGCAGCCCUCGCUUUGCCAUUCCCUCCCUUUCGUCUCUAAAUUACAAAUAUCCAAAUAUAUAUUACAAAUAUAAUCUUUGUGUAGCCCUGACUUACUGAGAAACAUUUUCAGCUUUUUUUGUUCCCCUAAGAAUUGUCAACACCUUUUUUAUAAGUGUGGUUUAAGAACAAACAAACAAAAACUUUACAGAACGAUCCGUGGCUUUAUAAAAUAAAGGUCUUUCUAAGCAAAGCAGUUGCAUUGAUUGCUUCUCUUAAUAACUGUCCUUGAGCACUUGGGGGUCCCAGCAGCCCUCAGCAGGUCAGGGAAGACACUGACAUGGGGAAGCGGAGUGUUAAAUGGUCAUGAGCCCGGCCCUUUGAGUGAUUCUUAAAGCUCUGGUUCCCCUUGAAUCCAUGUGACCCCCCUGCCUCCCUCCUCCUAUGCACACCAGUGAAGGGCCACCUGGGGGGAAGAGGUGACAGACUCAUGCACUAAAGCAGGACAGGGGACAUGUCAUCACCCCAGUGGAUGAGUGCCCUGGAGCCUCACACUGGCACCACUGGCUGUCAAGUGCAAGUUCAUCCAAGCAGACGCAGGCAGGGGCAGCAGCCCCACCCCGGAAUCCUUGGCGUUCUUCAGGCAUCCUAAGGCCACGCCCCCCCCCCACCAUCACACAACAGGGACCUUCCGCUGUGCUGACAGGACUGCCUUUCCCUGGUGACAAAUGGCUCCCCUCUAAGCCCACGCCUGCAUCCUCUCCGACGCCCACAUCUGCAGUCAACACUCGUGCCUUUCUCUGGAGAGGGUUUCCAUGCGGAUCCCAGCCUGGAGCUGAAGAAUGCUUGUCCUUCUUCAAGGGCCACAUGUGUAUUGAGGUUCAGCUUUGUUUUCUCCAAAGGCCAUCAGACUGUCCCCCUGAGGAAUAUGUUUCUGUAAGAAGCCUUGAAGUGUAGAGCUGUAAUUUCCUAAGUCGACCUCCUGUGAUCUUUAAAAAACAAGACUUCCAACGCGAUUGUUCGGGCGAAGAAUCAUUACAUCC